AACCUAUUUGAGAAUUCUGUCGUCGGAAGCUACUAUUUGUGUAGUGAUUUAAUUUUCUGGUAAGACCAGGGAUAGUAAAGAAAGCAGUGGUGGGAGUCUAGAAGUACUGGGAGACAAAUUAUAUUUAUAAAGAGAAAGAUAGACAGCACACGUGCAGAUGCAGACGCUCGUUAAAGAUUAAUCUAAAAGAAGGUAUCACUCUAAAUUUGUCAAUUGACGUUAAUGUAAACAAACAUUUCAAUUUUUUAAAAUAACAAACAACUAAUAACAAUAAUUUAUAUAUUUUUUGAUUAUCACAAGUUUUAUCAAAAUUGCAUAAGUAAUUAUUGCACAUAUACAUUAAUUAAUUAUAAUAUCAAAAUAAAGCUAUUUAAAGUCAUGUCAGUGAUGAAAAUUGAUGGAAGUCUAGGAGAAGGGGGUGGACAAGUACUGAGAAUAGCAAUAAGUUUGAGUGCUCUUUAUAAAAUACCGAUUGAAAUUGAAAAUAUACGAGCUGGACGUCCAAAGCCAGGAUUAGCCGCCCAACAUCUUAAAGGAGUGGAAAUCGCACAGAGUAUGUGUAAUGCUCAGGUAAAGGGCGCUUACCCUGGCUCAACGCGAUUAGAAUUCAUUCCAGGAGUAUUAAGUCAAACACAGAAGCGAACUUUUCAUGCUGAUACCCAAACUGCAGGUUGUACAAUUUUGCUCGCUCAGGUCGCUUUGCCCAUAGCACUGUUUUUGCCUCCUGGUGACCCAAUCACCCUCAUUCUUAGAGGAGGAACAAACGUGCCCAUGGGUCCUCACAUUGAAUAUCUCACAGAAGUAUUUCGACCUUGGUUAAAUAAAUUUGGUGCUGAUUUUGACUUUACUGUUUUAAAAAGAGGAUAUUACCCAAAAGGAGGCGGAGAAAUUCAUCUCAGAAUACCACCAAUAAAAAGUUUGAAUUCUGUUGAGAUGCUGCAGCUGGGUGACAUAAGAAGUAUUUCAGGAUGGGCUUAUGUUGCUGGUUCUGUUCCCUUAUCUGAGGCUUACAAUAUGGCAGAAGUGACUAAAAAUACAAUACAUAAAAAAUUGACUGAUAAUAAUAUUCAAGUUCCAUCAAUUAAUAUUGAAGCUUAUCGAGAAGAUAGAGAAAUGGCUGUUGGCAAUGGAUCUGGCAUCAAUGUCGUCUGUCAACUGAACAGUGGAUCUGUUUUCGGAGGCUCUGGAUUAGGCUCAAAUCGUCGUGACAGUAAAUCAGAGCCCGCUACUGAGGCUGCUGAGCAAAUUAUUAAUCCUAUUCUUGAUGGCUCGUGCAUUGAUGAGCAUAUGCAGGAUCAAAUGGUACUUUUGAUGGCUUUGGCGCAUGGUCGUUCGAGACUGCUACUAGGCAAACAACAACUUACUCUUCACACGGAGACUGCAAUAAAAGUAGCCGAAUUAAUGCUAGGAGAUCGCGGCUUUCGAUGUCAAGUAAUAACGAAUCGGGACGCCGGUGACUCAAAGCAGUAUAUUCUCGAGUGCGAUGGAUGUGGUUUGUUAAAUGCCGCUAAUUAACCAAAAUUACAAGAAAUAACUUUUAUAAAUUAUUAAAAUAUAUAUGAAAUAAGGAACUGAAUA